CCCCAUCCCCGACUUACUCUCCACUCCUUUUCAUGUCACUAGCACUCUAGCAUGGUUCUCGGCAAAUUUUGGAACCGCCAAUCUCGUUACAUACCCCUCCUCCCCUCAUCACCAAGUACCUACACCAACUCUAGGACACCUUCCCGCCGUCUCUGCCAUGUCCUCAUCAUCGCCGUCCUCGUAAUCCUUCUAUUCGCUGGCGUUGUCCACACGUUUGGAUCCCACCUCCCCAUUCCUUUGAACACCUCUGUCGCGUCUCCAUCACCGAGCCCUAGCUCCUCGCCAGAUUUUGAUUAUAAUACGUCUACAGGCAAUGAUCAUGAGGCAGUUGAUGUGCCACAGCAAGGUACAUCGUCCAACCCAGAGUACACGCCAGACUUCGACCAAGAUGAGGAUCUUGAGUUCCUUCGCGAGAUGGUUGCCACUACCAAGGGCUACUUUUCGCGCGAUUAUAGCCUUGGGUUAGGUUGGAACAAUAUGCGUUAUAUCAUCGAAGCAGCAGCUACGCAAGCCCAAUUGUUGAAUCGCACACUAGUCGUACCCUCCUUCGUCUAUGCUCGUUCGUGUGCAUACGCACUGCAAGUUUGCGCGGACCAAGCGCCCAUGGUAAACAAGGGCGAUGCAAUCGGCUGGGAUGAGUGGAGGGAGCUGCCUGAGGAGCAGCAAAUGGCCUGGCAAAUACCAAUGGGCGAGAUGCUCAACUUGACUCACAUGCGUAAAACCCACCCCGUCAUCCUCACCUCUGAUUAUCUUCGCCUCCAUAACAUGCCAGUAUCAACGGAGACCAGCAGUGGCUACUGGGAUCGGAACUUAUAUCACGCACCUUCAAACGGGCCGGGUCCAACUCUCUACGUCGCCGAAAAUGCCUGGUACGAUCCUGACAACGUUACCCGUGUGGAUGUCCUCACCGAAGACAUGAAAACACGAGGUGCAUGGGUCUCUGGCAGGGAUGAUGAACCUAAUUCAGGGCAAUGGCCGGACGCGGAGAAAACCUCUCUUCAGGAGACUCUUGACGUCGUUCUAAAUGACAGACAUGCUCUCCCCUGGGAUGAGGCUAGGUCACUUGUUCAAGUUUCGUCCGACGAUGACGCCGCUGUCGAGGAUGUUCUAACUAACAACGGAUGGGAAGUUGUAUACUCUUUCCAGGGCGCGGGUGGGAUGGACUUUGUCAAGCAUGUAGCGUCACCUGUCAAAGAAGCUGUGCCUCGCCAUUACCUGCGUGGUUGGGCGGAUGAUUAUGCGAUGAUCGACACCGAGGUUCUUGUGCUUGCAGGCGAGACACAUCUGUAUCGUCCGCCGGGCCAAAUGAGGUUUACCACGACGCAAUCGCAGGAGAACUUCGCUCGUGCCGUCCUUCAUGAAAUUGUUGCAUUGGACAAAGUAUACGACCUUGCUCGUAAGCUGGAUUUUAGAAUAUCUGAGAUGAACGAUGGACGUGCGUGGGUCGCAUCCCAUAUGCGCCGAGGAGACUUCGUCACCGCGGGGUGGGCAUGGGGCGACACACACGUUGCCCAGUUGAAACAAGUCAAGGAGAAGCUUGAAGAUGGUGUAACAUACAUCGAAAGCCACCCUACGGUGGAGCCCUACGAUAUUCCGGACAUGACACCAGAUCCAGCUGUUCAACAUCGCAAACCACCGCAGCAUGGUGACAAGUUUUACGUGGCGACUGAUGAACAGAAACCUGACAUCCUUGCCUACUUCUCUGACAACGGGGCGAUCAUGAUUUCUGACCUCCUGACUAUUGAGGAUAGACGAGAAUUCGGCUGGCCGAUCUUGUUUAACGAUAUCCUCGGCCUGGUGGAGCAGGCUACGCUUGCGCGAGCGUCCUACUUUUAUGGGGCUGCCAUGAGUUCCUUCUCCGGUGGCGUUAUCAACCGCAGAGCGGUUCUAGGAGCUGAUAGAAAUACUGGAAUAUGUGAAUAGUCUGGCAGCCCUUCGGCUUAAUUUUUGGGACUGCUGUACACGCAUUGUCAUACCAGUCAUUUUAGUACUUGGCAUCUGUGGUAGACCAUAAUUUAUACAUCUCAAUGGGCGGAUGAGAAGUCAGUCGUUCACUAGUUUGCCACAGAAUACAGAAUACAAUAUAAUCCGUUGAAAC